UGGGAAUCAGUCAACAUGCCAGUGGCAUCAACCGGCACGGAACCUGCUGUGCCUCAGGUCCUUGAUACCCUGAGCGACAGCAACAGCUCCACCACUGCCAAUGACCUUGACCUUAUCUUCCUCAAGGGCAUCAUGGAGAGCCCUGUGGAGCAGGAGAGCCUGGGUGAGACUCGUCUGGAGGCGGUGCGGGACAAUAACGUGGAGCUGGUGCAGGACAUCCUGAGGGAACUCAGUCCCUUCACGCACCGCAGCAACACGGCCGCCGAGCUCUCACGCAUACUCAACGAACCACACUUCCAGUCACUGCUGGAGACGCACGACUCGGUGGCGGCCCAGACGUGUGAGAGCCCGCCCCCCAGCCCCUGCUCCCCAAUCCUGGAGGCCCCUGUCAGCACCUCGCUGCCCCCCGUACCCGCCGACGCCAUCCGCAUGGUGGGCCUCCGCAAGGUGGCGGGGGAACACCUGGGUGUGACGUUCCGUGUGGAGAAGGGGGAGGUGGUGAUCGCGCGUAUCCUGCACGGGGGCAUGGUGGACCAGCAGGGCCUGCUGCACGUGGGCGACGUCAUCAAGGAGGUGAACGGGAGGGAGGUGGCCAGCGACCCGCGCCUCCUCAUGGAGAUGCUGCAGGAGGCCAGCGGCAGCGUGGUGCUCAAGAUCCUGCCCAGCUACCAGGAGGCGCACCCCACCAAACAAGUGUUUGUGAAGUGCCACUUUGACUACGACCCGGCCAAUGACAACCUGAUCCCCUGCAAGGAGGCGGGCCUCAAGUUUGACUCCGGGGAGAUCCUGCAGAUUGUCAAUCAAGACGACAUCAACUGGUGGCAGGCCCGGCGUGUGGAGGGAGGUUGCACAGGACUGAUCCCCAGCCAGUUACUAGAGGAGAGGAGGAAGGCCUUCGUCAAGGCGGACGUGGCACUCACAGCAGGACCACUCUGCCAUGGCAUGGGAGGCAAGAAGAAGAAGAAGAUGAUGUACGUGACCACCAGGAAUGCAGAGUUUGACAGGCAUGAGUUGUUGAUCUAUGAGGAGGUGGCGCGGGUGCCUCCGUUCCGCCGGAAGACGCUGGUUCUGAUUGGAGCUCAGGGAGUGGGCCGUCGCAGCCUCAAGAACAAGCUGCUGGUGUCCGACCACCAGCAGUACGGAACCACCAUACCACACACGUCGCGUAAGCCCAAGGCGGGGGAGAAGGAGAGCAUGAUGUACGCCUUCACCACGCGCAGCAAGAUGGAUGCCGACAUCAAGAACGGACGCUACCUGGAGCACGGCGAGUACGACGGGAACCUCUACGGCACCAAGAUCGACUCCAUACACGAGGUGGUGGAGGCCGGACGCAUCUGCAUACUGGACGUCAACCCACAGGCUCUGAAGGCGUUGAGGACGUCUGAGUUCCUUCCCUACGUGGUGUUCAUCGAGGCGCCCGAGUUCGAAGUGCUCAAGGCCAUGAACACGUCAGCCAUCGAGGCCGGAGUGGACACCAAGCCCCUCACCGACCUGGAGCUGAAGAGGACGGUGGAUGAGAGUGGGCGUCUGAAGCAGGCGUACGGCCACCUGUUUGACCUCGCGCUGGUCAACGAGAACCUGGACGAGACCUACCGCACCCUCAAGGACUCCCUGCAGAGCAUGAACGCCACCUCGCAGUGGGUGCCUGUUGGAUGGGUCUUCUAGUGGCAGACAGAUGUGUGUGUGUGUGU